CGCAGAGGGAGAGGAAAAGGUAACACGGAGAGGAGGAGAAAAAGGAGCGCUGGACCCGCUGUGAAGGUUAAAACAUUCAGGAUUAAACAUAAAAAGUCAUCGGUCAUCAUGUUGAGAGCCUGUCUGAGAGGAGCUAACACCACAGCCCGGACGAACUUCAGGGGAACCCGUCCAAAUAAUCUGCAGCAGUGCAGACAGUACACAGCAGGAGAGCCCAGUGGUGGUGCGGCAAAGGUGGUAGCUGCUGGUCUGCUAACAGUGGGUGGAGGCAUUGGAGGGACAAUCCUCUACGCUAAAUGGGACCACAAGUUCAGAGCAGCUGUGGAGAAAAAUGUGCCAUACUCAGACCGCCUACUUGGUCUGGCUUUAGGACCACCCCCUCAAGAUGUCCACCCUCAGCUCCAGAAACAGAUGGAGGUAGCCCAGCCUCCCUCCAUGAUGGAGAGACAGAUGAAGACAUCUAAAUCAAAGACGGAGAAGAAGAUAAAGGAAGCAGCAGAGAGUCCAGCAGAGAGCAGUCCUGUUCCUGCAGCUCCUGUACAGAGUCUGGAGGAGGCUUCAGCAGAGGCGACUCACAUCAUCUCAGCCAUCAGUGAAGUCCCAUCAGUCCCUGCUCCGUGUGACACUGAGGCAGCACCAAACAAAGAGGAGUGUGCAGAGUGCCAUCACCAUGAGAAUGGCUCGGUUUCAGCAGCGGUUUCUCCUGAAUUGUCACCUCCUGCAGCUGAACCUUUGAAAGAAAGACCAGAAGAAGAAGUGACGGCCCGACUGGCCCAAAAGGACCAGGAGGAGCAGGAUAUCCUUGCAUCGGUGUCAGUCCGUCUGGAGGACUCUCUGGGGAGCUCAGCUAAAGCCACUCUCACCGCCAUCGGAGCUCAGGAGGCAGCUCUGCAGGCCAUCACACGACACACUCUCAAACUGAAGGAGGCCAUGGAGGCAGAGGUCCCCCCUGCAGAGAAGUCAACUCAGUGGAAAGAUCUGGAAACUGCUCUGGCUGAUAGAAACUCUGCUGUGAGCGACGCUGCGGCUGCUCUGACCAAGGCCAAUGAGGCGUUGGACAGUCUGAAGUCAGUCAUCGAUGAGUCCAAAGGACUGAAGGUCUCAGUUGUGCGUCCUCUUGUUUUAGCCGCUGAGGAGAAUCUCCACAACAUGGUGGUGGACCUUGACAAAGCUGUUAUCAAGAUGCAGUCUGCAGAGUCCGAGGCUAAGAUCGUCUCUCAGUACAGCGAUUUGGUGAAUGAAGCCAAGCUUCAGUUCCAGAGAGAAGUAAGCAGCCUGACUCCAGAGAUCCAGGCCAACUGGAAGUCACUAACUGGUAAGCUAUCACCUGAUGACCUGAACGCCCUAAUUGCUCACGCUCACCGCCGUAUCGACCAGCUGAACCGAGAGCUGGCUGAGCAGAGGGUCAGAGAGCAGAUCCACAUUGAUGCCGCGCUUGAGCAGCAGAAACUAGAGGACCAGAAAGCUCUGGAGAAAGCUGUCAGCACGUCACUGCAGCAUGUCAAAGAGGAGGCACGGCUCGAGCAGGAGAAGAAGCUGGCGGAGCUCAGGGAGGUGAUGGAGGCAGAGAUGAGGACUCAGCUGCGGCGUCAGGCAGCUGCACACACUGACCAUGUCCAGGAUGUCCUCAAAGUCCAGGAAGCGGAGCUUAAAGCAGAGGCUGAACAGGUGCUGAGCAGUAAACUGUUGGAGCAGGAGACUCUUUUCCGUCAGCUGAGUCAGGAACAGCUUGAUAACUUCACUCUGGACAUGAACACAGCAUAUGCUCGACUGAAGGGCGUGGAAGAAGCUAUCGACAGUCAUGUGAUUGCAGAGGAGGAGGCUCGUAAAGCUCACCAGCUGUGGCUUUCCAUUGAGGCUCUCAGCUACACCUUAAAGACUGCAGAUGCUGACUCUCCCUCUGCACCUCUAGCAGGCGCUGCUCAGGCUGUGAAGGACAGCUGCAGUGAUAAUGACUUCGCUCUGGCUCUGUCUUCUGCCUUCCCUCAGGAAUCCCUGCAGCGUGGCGUGUACAGCGAGGCCUCGCUUAGAGCUCGCUUCAACUCCCUCAGAUCGCUGGUUCGCCGUGUCGCACUCAUCGACGAAACUCACAACUCCUUGUACCAGUACUUCCUGUCCUACCUGCAGGCCGCACUGCUGUUCGAGGACAAACAGGAAGCCCCGCCUACCCAGCUGAGCAACGAGGACUUGGACCCAUUCAAGCUGCUGUCAUAUGCCAGUUAUUGCCUGGAGCACGGCGACCUAGAGCUCGCGGCUAAACUGGUGAACCAGCUGAGAGGAGAGGCGCGGCGUGUGGUGGAGGACUGGCUGAACGAGGCACGGCUCACUCUGGAGACACGACAGGUCAUCAGUCUGCUGUCUGCAUACGCCAAUGCUGUCGGCUUAGGAACCACUCAGGCACCAUAGGACACCAUGUUUAACCUUAAAGGUACAGUACGUUGAAAACCUGUCAGUCUGUCGCCCCCUGCAGGAGAGAGAGAGUGUGACAGUCAGCAGGUUUUAAUGUAUUGCUCCUUUAAUGAACCAGUGAUGGAUGUAACGAUGAGACCGAAGUUUGUUUUAAAGCACUAUGUCACCGUGGAUGAGACGGGACUCUCCGUGUAGUUGUGUAUCAAACCCCAGCUUCACUUCAGCUAUUUAUUUGUGUUCAUGAGUCCUAACAUUGAUUAAAGCACUCGUCAUUAUCAUUUUAUUAAUGUCAAUACUGCACAUGUUCCAAUAAAUCAUGGAAGAGAAAAACUGUCUGAUUAGUGUCU